UUUCUUUUUUUUGUUUGUCCCUACGGUAAUAAUAUCCUUAUCGACUUUCCCACACUCCAAGUCCCUCCUUAUUUUCUUUUUCUUCAAUCAAUCUUACUUUUUCUCGGUUCUACGAAAUUCCUCUAAUAUUCCGUAAUACUGCUCCUCUCGGUACUUAUAUUGCCGGCCUUGUUCUAUAUUGGGUACUCGUUCUGCAUAUACCGUUUCUCUGUCUCUGCGCUCUAUCUUUAUGCCGAUUGAUACCCUUGUUUUAUAUCUGCAACUCUCUGUUUUCUGGAAGCUCAUGCAAUAAGAGACCUCGCUGUCCAAGCUGCCUGCCGCGCAGCCUGCACAACCUCUACGUGGUCAUUUAUCGUGGUUCAGAUCCAAUCCGCGGUGGCUUCGGCUCUAUACUUGGUCAGAGUGGAGGACGGCAUAACCAAUUAUGAACUUUUUACAUCACCCUACGUACCCUUACGGUGGCCAUGCCGGAAUUCCCCUGGACCAGUCCGGCAUUGCCCACCCUGCAAUGACAAACAACAUGGAUGGCUAUCUGUUGACUCGCCCUGCUUACGAUUUGACCGACUAUUACGCUCAGAUGCCAAUAAUGGAAGAUUACGAAGAAUAUGCCGAAAACCUCUCUCGCCCGAGGUUGACCAAGGAACAGGUGGACACGCUCGAAGCUCAGUUCCAGGCGCAUCCCAAACCGAACAGUAACAAGAAACGUGAGCUGGCAGUCCAGACCAACCUGAGCUUGCCUCGCGUUGCGAACUGGUUCCAGAACCGACGCGCCAAAGCUAAACAACAGAAGCGCCAGGAAGAGUUUGAGCGUAUGCAACGAGAGGCUAAAGAGAAAGAUGAGCAAGCAAAACCUAUCAAAGAGGAGGAAUCAGGCCAGGCACUGCCCGAUUGCGAUCAGAAAAGCCCUAUUCAGAAGGAUGAGGAUAGCAACAGUACCACAAAAUCUCCGACUCCGACACAAGCAUCGCAUAAAGAACGACCCCAGGAUUCUGACCCCUCAUCGACAUCACGGCCAAAACAUCAGAAGACCAGGAGUGAUCUUGCUCAAGAGAAAACAUACGCUUCCUUGCAAAGGGCUAUCAGCGCUGCAGAGGCCGCUCGUGCCCGGUACACUGGACCCUCUGAUGGGCCCUUUGUCGUGGGAUCAACGGUUGACAUGGCUUACGAUGUGCAGCAAUCAAACAUUUCCGUUUCCAGCACAAAUAACACUCCGCAGACCUCUGCGAACUCUACAUUUUCGGAGUGGGGCAGCAGCAGAGAUUCACCGAUUGUUUGGACGCCGUCACAGAGUCCCGAAGACGGGUACGAGUUUGGGAGCCUCAGUAGCGUUCCGUUCUCCUCUGAAGUACCUCAACUGAAUAACUCGUCCCCGGAUGUAUCUGGACCGCAGGGCUUUAGUAGCAUGACUUCACGUGCACAACAACUUUGGAAUCCUCAGCUACACGUAAGGGCGGAGAUACAUGCUUCAGAUCCCAUGUAUGGAUCGCUAUCAUUUUCCUCGCUCCAACCGCCUUCGGCCUCUUCAUCGAGGCGGCCCUCAGCCUCAGAAGAACUUGCUGAUACUAUAAACGGAAUCGGCAUCAAUACAGCCCCUCUGUCUGGCAACUUACAAUCUUCCAUGUGGCGGCACCCUGAGAAAGAACUGGAUCUGGCUGCUCGUCGUAAACGGCCCAGGCCCGCUGCUAUCGGUACUGCUCAUCAUCGGCUGGCGACCAACCCGUCAAUUGUGUCGCCAAAUGCAAGGAUGGCAAGCUAUGGGGCUCCUCAUACUAUACGACAUGCUAAAUCUUCCCAUACUUUGGGCUCGCGUUAUGCCGGUGUCCGCAAGCUGUCAGCCACUCAGCGUUCGCCCCUGGGUUAUUCGAGUUUUGCAGAGGCGGCGACGGCGGCAGCAAAUGCUGGCUCGGAUUCAAGACAGAAGCACAGGCUUCACUCGUCUGCGUCUGUGGGGAAUUUGGCACCUCCAACUCCGCUUACUCCAGAGGAUAUGCAACAAAUGCUGCCGGCAACAACAAACGAUACACAAAUGAGUUUCUCCACUCAGCAUCUAACUGACUCCCACAGUAUUUUUCCCGUCACCCAGCCUAUGCAGAUAAACGUUGCAUCACCACCCGAGACGCCCAUGACAAUGGACAUGUUUUCAGCAAUGCAGUAUCAGAAUAUGCCACCGCCCUUGUCAGCACCUCCUCAGUAUGGUUCGUUCACGGACUAUUCGCCGAUUACGAGCGAGCCAUUGACGGGAGUGAGUUGGGCUGUGUCGACCCCCGAUACGUCCUUGUUUCCAUCCAGCAUGCAAUCUCAACAGCAGCAGCCGCAGCCUCCUAUUUAUAUUUACGAGCAAGAUGAUGACGAACAGCAAGAUACGGAAUGGGCGUUAAGUGGUGAAGACGGCUCCUCCCUUUAUGGAUCGACGAAAGCAUCCGCGACACCUCCAGCCAGCAUGAUGACAGUGAGUGAAGAACAAAACUCGAACGGUAUGACACAAUUCCACAUCCACGAAUUUCCGAAGCAGCAAGAAGCCCACCGAAACGUGGCGCAACAAUUGGCACCUCAGAUACCCAAGAAUUAUACGUUCUCUAAUCAGACACCAAGCGAUUUUUGAGCGUUUAUUUGAUCACGUUAAUUACGCUACUACCUAUAAUAUUUAAUACUUCGUUCUCCCUCCGUCUUUUGACUUUGUAUUCUUUUCUCUCUUUUUCUCUUUUUUCUUGGAAAAUAAUGAUGGACUUUGUACAAUCUUUUAUACUUUUUGGAAUGGAGGUGCAUAUACUUGGGACUCAUUUUGUAUUUCAUCGGGUCUGUUCAUCGGGUCUGUUCAUCGGGUCUGUUUCUACACAUACUGAUUGAUUUUUUCCCCCCUCUCUCUUUCUUUCCUCUCGAUUCUGCGCAACUCUGAUCAUAUACAUCAUCAAGCAGGAAGGGGUACUGGCGAACAGUGUCAUUUUGCUUUCUGUCAUUCUUAUACCCAAGAACGGGUUGUCAUUAGUGGACUACACACGACUCUGUGGCAUUAUUUUUUCUUUGCAUCUUUCUGCGCUGCCGUUUCCAUUAGCGUUUUGAUUCAAUUGUUGAUUAGAGAAAGGAACGUGCGCAAGUGCUAGAUAGUAAUUUUAUAUGAGGAAAGGAGAGAAGAAAGCAACCCUUGGAAAAUGCAUUGGGACACCACUUGUCCGCUUCCUUGACCUUGUUAGCAAUAUGAAAUACCCAUCCAUAUAUCAUUUCGCGUUUG